AUGUUUGUCAAUUUUCUAUUUUGUUUAAUUUUUUUUCUUUUUGCCCAACCCUUCCUUUUUUCUUUUAAAAUUCAUUCCUUCCUUCCUUUUUUUAAUCAAACUUCCUUUCUUUCCUUUCUUUUUUCCUUUCUUUUUUUCCAACUUUUCUUUUUUCUUUUCCUUUUUUUUUUCUUUUUCUUUUUUCCUUUCUUUUUCCUUCCUUUCUUUUUUUUUAUUUCCUUUUUUCAUUUCUUUUUUCCUUCUUCCUUCCCUUUCCUUUCCUUUUUCCUUUUCCUUCCCUUCCUUUUUUCUUUCUCCUUUUUUUUUUUUCCUUCCUUCCUUUUUUUUCUUUCUUCCUUCCUUUCUUUCCUUUUUUCCUUUUUUUUUUUUUUCUUUUUUUUUAUCCCUCCUUUUUCAUUUUUUCCUUUCUUUUCCUUUCCUUCCUUCCUUUUUUUCUUUUUUUCUUUCUUUUCCUUCCUUCUUUUCCUUUCUUCCUUUUUCUUUUUCAUUUUUUCCUUUUUUCUUCCUUUUUUCUUUCCUUUCUUUCCUUUCUUCCUUCCUUUCUUCUUUUUUUCCUUUCCUUCUUUCUUCUUUUCUUCCUUUUUUUUUUCUUUUUUUUCUUUCUUUUUUCUUCAUUUUUUUUCCUUCUUUUUCCUUCCUUCCUUCCUUCUUCCUUCCUUCCUUCCUUUCUUUCCUUCCUUUUUUCUUCUUUCUUUUUUCCUUUUUCCUUCCUUUCUUCCUUUCCUUCCUUCCUUUUUUUUUUUUUUCUUUCUUUUUCCUUUCUUUUUUCUUUUCUUUUUUCUUUCCUUCCUUCCUUUUUCUUUCUUCCUUUCUUCCUUUUCCCUUCUUUCCUUCCUUCCUUUCUUCCUUCCUUCCUUUUUCCUUUCUUCCUUCCUUUCUUUCUUUUCUUUUUUUUCUUUUCUUUCUUUUCCUUUCUUUUUUCCUUUCUUUUUUUUCUUUUUCGUUUUUCCUUUUCCUUUUUCCUUUCUUCCCUUCCUUCGUUCUUUCGUUCGUUCUUCGUUUUCGUUCCUUCCUUCCUUCCUUCCUUUCUUUCUUUGUUUCAAACAGCAUCUCAGAUAUAUAUUUUCUUCCGUCUUUCUUUUAUUUAUCUGA